AUGAACAACCACUACAUCUACUUUCAGUCUCUAUUACCCAACGACGAAGCGUCUUUGACACACUACCCCGCCCUCUGCUGCUCAAACUCAUUGGUGCAAAAUUUUCUUUCCCGCGUCAAUUACCAUUACUACAUCAUCUACGCUCCAGCCUUUCUGCAGGAAUACCGCGAAUGGUGGAUAGCCCGCUUCGCGUUGCAACCUCUUGGACUGCAAUGGACCUGUCUUUUGCUCACGGUCUGCGCCUGCUCGGCCCAGUAUACAGACUCUGACCUGAAGAGGAAGCUUGAAAUGGAACUCGGCGAGCCCGUCUACCGCCUCUCUAACAAAUAUCACAACGCGGCCCGCGAACUUAACUCCGUCAUCCCCAUCAGCAGCAACCAUAUUUUCAACGUUCAACAUCUCUUGCACUCCAGCUAUUGGUACAAGUCUGAGGCCCGCUUCGUUGAGGCCUGGCAUGCGCUCAGCACUGCGAUUCGUGAAGCUCAGGCUUUGGGCAUGCAUCAAGACCAGCUUGCCGGCUCAAUCUCGGAAUUUGAUUAUGAAAUGCGCAGGCGGCUUUGGUGUGUCUUGGAUACGUGGGAUUGGCAAAUCUCGGCGCUUCUUUCUCGGCCCAAGCUCAUUGACCGCUCCGAAUGCAAGGUGUCGCUGCCCGCACUUACAUUGGAAAACUAUUCGCCUUCACCACUCCUCCACAUGAAGCUGCAGUCGGAAGUCAUUGGCGAGUUGGCAAGCCGCUUCGGCUCCCCACGAGAGGUAACAUCCCCUGCCCAAAUUGACCAGUAUACCCGCGUCAUCCUCAACUGGAUGCAGAGGUUUCCGCAAGUUUACAAUCUCGACAAGCCCGACACAUCAAUCGACUCAAAGUACUCUUGGGUCACCCUGCACCGCCAUUACUUACACACCAUGGCCCAUUCCAUGUUGAUAGAUCCUCUACGCGCGUACAUGGCCAGGCGAAUGACGGCGAAUUCACACCCGGACGAUUUGAGAAUACGUGACCAGGGCAUCAUCUACACAAUGAAACUUAUGUCAGCCUUGACCGCAUUCUUCGACUUCUUGUAUCCUAAGGAUGCCAAGUUCCAUUGGGCUCGAUUUUCCAUCUUUGACACUGCCGCCGUUCUCUGCUCCGCCAUUCUGCACGAUGAAGAUCACUGCAUCCCGAACAGGCAUGAAAUACUCAUAGCCAUUGAAUCUGCAAGAUCCAUGCUCGAGCGGUUGGCAUUGGAAACCCGCACUGCGAAAACAUCAUUCGAGAUAUUGUCCAAAUUGGCAAAACGCAUCGAAAACCCAUACUUGCCACCGAGGAUGGCUGACAGUCACCACAAACGUAUCAGGGUCGCCGAAGAAUCCCUUACACCGCCAUUCUUCCAGCACGGCGACUUGUUGGUCGGAUCUAGCGACGUAGGCAGCAUCGAUGGUAUUGACGCAUACUCGGCCUCACCUGCCGGAAGCGGCGGGGUGGCGCAGAGCAUCGCUAGCGCGUCACCCGCGUACGGCUCCGGCUUUGCCGAUGUGUCGGGAGGCUACGCGAUGCCAGAUACCAUGACAUUCGUGAACGAUGGAUAUGAUGUACCAUAUUCUAUACCACCGACGGCGCAGGCAUAUCCCGAUUCCACCUUGAUGCCCGCACCGCCCAAUCCAUACAUGCCGCCGACCCCACGCGAGUCGUACGCGCAGCUCUCUCUUGAUGGAUUCUCAGAGGAGCAGCUGGGAGAUUUGGCAGCUCUUUGGAAUUACCAAAGUUUGGAUCUUAAUUUUGUGCCUAAUCAAAACGGCUAA